AUGAUUACCGGGGCUGGGGCAGGUAUAGGUUUAAGCAUUGUAAAGGGUCUCCUUGAAGCUCAAACAGUGUCCCUUGUGGUCGCUGUAGACCUCGCCAUCGACGAGCUCCAAGUACUUGCGAGUUCUCGACCAGGAAAGCUUGUUGCUGUUUCAGGUGAUGUAUCGGAUCGACUGGUCAACAAGAAGGCGAUAGACACUGUGAUCAGGACACGAGGCAAGUUGGAUUCUCUCAUUCUGAAUGCGGCGGUGCUGCGUCCCGUUGGUCCCACGGCCGAGAUUAAUGUGGAGGAAUGGAAACGGCUGAUUGACGUCAACUUCAUUGCCUUGGUACAUGCGAUCCAGCUAGCUUUACCGCACCUCCGCAAAAGCAGAGGCCAGGUCCUUUUCACUUCCUCAGGAGUCGCAGCACGGCCAUUUCCAGCCUGGAUACCAUAUGCCUGUUCUAAGGCCAGCGUGAACUGCCUCGCGUCCUGUCUGACUGUCGAAGAGAACCAAGUAUCGUUUCUAUGCAUCACACCAGGAAUUGUGGACUCGGGUAUGCAGAGGCAUGUCAGGGAUAACGAGAAGUCAAACCUUCCUCCCGACCAGUACAAGUGGCUCGCUUCGUUACACGCUGAAGGCAAGUUGCUGCGUCCAGAAGAGCCAGCUGGAUCCUUUGUAAAGUUAGCCCUUGGCGGUGUACCGAAAGUACUCAAUGGCCUGGUAGUCCCGUGGGACGACCCGCGGCUGGUAUGUUAG